AAUUUCUCCCAGUUUCAGUUUUUAGGAUUAUACAUCUACCAUAUAUAGGAGGAGAAUUAAUUUAAGAAGAAAUGGCAGACGAAACUGCGGUGGGAUUUCUGCUAGAAAACUUGAAGCAGCUACUUCUUUACAAUGCACAUCUGAUUCUUAAUGUGAAGAGCGAUGUCGAAUCUCUGCACAACGAUCUGCAAUUGUUCAAAGCCUUUCUCAAAGAUAUGGCAAAAAGGGACAACAACCAUGAAGUCCUAAAUGCGCUGGUGAAGCAAAUCAGAGACAUUGUGUACGAAGCAGAAGACUAUGUGGACAUUUAUGUUUCUCAUUCAGCUAUGCAGAAGGCUCGAAGUGGCGUCGAAAGAUUUGUCCAUAUAUUCGAUCAUACGACGACGCUUCGAGGUACGGCAGAGAAGAUUAAGGCUACGAGGACCAAGGUCAAUGAAAUAUAUCAAAACAAGAUAUUUGGGUUUGAAGCCCUGCUAGUUGCUGCUCCUCCGGUCAAAAAGAAAGAGCCUCCCAUUGUGGAAGACAACGUGGUGGGCUUUGAAGAUGAGGCCCAAACAGUAACCAAACUUCUCACUGAAGGGUCUGAGGAACUACAAGUUAUAUCAAUAGUUGGCAUGGCUGGUCUUGGUAAGACAACACUGGCUAAAAUGAUAUAUACUGAUCGUGAUGUUGAGUUUGAAUUCUACAACCGCGCAUGGGUUUUUGUUUCUCAAAAAUAUAGUAAAAAGGAAGUGCUUCAGGAUAUUUUACGACAACUUACUGCUAAGCCUAGUAAAUCUGACAUGAAUGAAGUUGAAUUAGUUGAUGAACUUCAUAAAUUUUUGAAGGAAGCAAAAUAUUUAAUUGUCAUGGAUGACGUGUGGACUAACGAUGCUUGGGAUGAUUUAAAAACUGCGUUUCCUGUAAACAAGAAGAAGAGUAGAAUUUUACUUACUACUCGUAUUGAAAAAGUGGCUAAGUGUGCCAACCCCAACAUUGAACCCCAUAAGUUGCGAUUUCUAACUGCUCAAGAAAGUAGGACUUUAUUCCAAAGGAAGGCACUUGGAGCAAUGGAGUGUCCUGACGAGUUGAAAGACCACGAACAGCGAAUUGUUCAGAAAUGUAAAGGACUACCGCUGACAAUAGUUGUGAUUGGAGGAAUUUUGCUAGGAAAAGGUAAGGAAAGUGAAUCGUGGAAAAAAGUUGCUGAAAGUGUGGAGGCAUUUAUUAACAUGGAUGAGCAGAAAAAAAUGGACCAUAGUAUACAAAUGAGUUUUGAUCAUUUACCUUAUCACUUGAAACCAUGUUUUCUCUACUUUGGGAUAUAUCCUGAAGACUUCCAAAUUCCAGUAUGGAAACUGCUUCGCCUUUGGAUCGCUGAAGGAUUCAUACAGCAAAGUGAAGGAAUGAAUAUGAGUUUGGAGGAUAUUGCUGAAGAGUACUUGGAAGAUUUCAUCAGCAGGAAUUUAGUCAUGGUUGGGCAAAGGAGGUCAAAUGGCAAAGUUAAAACGUGCCAUAUUCAUGACAUGCUACACUUGUUUUGCAAGACACGAGCUGCACAAGAAAGUUUUUUCGUCGAAAUUACGCAUCUUAAUCAAGCUACUUAUUCAUCUCCCAACAUUAACUCUGAAAAGUGUCGUCGCCUUUCCAUCAAUUCCAGAAUUUCGAACUAUCUCUUUUCAAAACCAAGUGGUCCACGUGUUCCACGUGUUCGGUCUUUUUUGUGUUUCUCCCAUGAAGAAAUAACCUUGCAAAAUGAGCAAAAUUCUUCAAUCCCUCAUGCAUUUCAAUUGCUCAGGGUGUUAGAUGGUAAACCCAUCCAUUUCACUCGUUUUCCUCCUGACCUAACUCUACUUGUACAUUUGAGGUAUCUUGUUCUCUCCUGCACCAUCAAAAUACUUCCUGCAUCCCUUUCCAGCCUUUGGAACAUACAAACUCUUGUAGUUGAGACAGCAUCACGCACCCUUGAAAUCAAAGCAGAUGUAUGGAAGAUGAUUCAAAUGAGGCAUCUAAAAACAAACGCAUCCACAACAUUGAAAGGCCCUCUCGCUAAAUCAAGAAAAAGUAAAGAAGAUUCUUUGAACUUCAAAACACUUUCUACAAUAUCACCUGAAAGUUGUACA